AUGUUCAGCGCCGAAGCUUUUCUAAAAAUGCAGUUGAGUCAGGUGCGAAGGUUGACCACGCUGUCCUCCGCACUCUUUUCAGUCCACAUCUCGUUGGUAGCUGAAAUAAAACCAAAACUGUCCAUCCUCCGCGGCUGCCGCUGGAUGGCAACCAUCGAUCUACUUUCCGAGCAGCAUCAUCCACCAGGAGUUUCGGAUACAUAUCAGGCCGAUCAUCAACAAAACGAUCAGGAUGCAACAAGCAAAUGGAAAUUUAUAUACCAAAGGGGAUUUUCAGUGGCAGUUACAAUCAAAUUCUGGACAAGUUGUAGGCACUACGACAAGUCUGAUAAAAGUGGGACUAUCAGUCAACAUAUGGGGAGUGUGACCACAACUUGA